CGAUAAGUUUUUAGGGGGCGUUUCAGCGUCGAAGAGAAACUAGAGAAAGAUUUGCUGCGUUUCAGAAGUUUUCACUAGUUGAAGCGUGUCAUUCGAAGAAGAUGAACAAUCGUCAUCUUCCCUGUAUGUUGUUAAGCCUUAGCUUACUUUUGAUUUCUGCCCAAUCUGCAGAACUUAUCCAAGAGAACGAAUCAACAACAGCCUAUGUGGUGUUUGAUGAAAAUAAUGAAGAAUUUGUGAUUGUUAACAACCAGCCACCUCGCGACAAAUACGUUGCUGGGGCAAAGUUCACAAACUCCAUUAACCAAACAGGAUGGGCAAAUUUUGAGGUCUGGGCCAAUGGGAACUUUCCAGAUACUAUGCAGUCUAAGGCAGCUGGCUUCCUAGAAGGCUAUCUUACCCAUGAGCUUAUCUAUUUCUCGUACUUGAAUACCCUUCAAGAUUAUUGUCAGGGGCGAGAUGCCUACUGUAGCAAGCUACGUACUUUUUUAACUACAAAUACAAAAUGGGUUAACAAGAUGUACAAAAAACUGAGAAACACAAGCCCAUUCUGGCAUCAGGUUGGUUUAUUCUAUGAGCAAAUGGAAGGAAUGGCAACUGGUUGGGAAAAAGCCGCAGUUAAUACUGGCCAUUCAAUGGGAAGCUAUGGAUUUCUUUGGUUCAAUAUCUUUGGAGAUAUGGAAGAGUUUGAACAAAUGUUUGUCCCUCGACAAGUGAACAAGGAUUGGCGACUUAAUAAAGUUGGUCGACGUCAUAUGGUUGCGUCAUGCUCUGCCUUAAUCAAAGUGCUUCCCGAAACAUCAGACAUCUACACUUCCCACGUUACAUGGAACGGUUACGAAUCGAUGAUCAGAAUUUUGAAGAAAUACAGUCUGGAAGUACAUCAAACGGCCGACGAAGACUCGGCACUUAUUCCAGGCCAUUCCAUGUCGUUUUCUUCUUACCCCGGCCUGUUAUACUCAGGAGACGAUUUCACCGUCAUUUCUUCUGGCCUCGUUUCAAUGGAAACUACCAUUGGAAAUAACAAUGAAGAGCUAUUCAAGUACAUCAAACCCACCGGACAAGUUCUUGAAGGAGUUCGGUCCAUGGUCGCAAAUCGCCUUGCUUCAACUGGCAAAGAAUGGACCGACGUUUUUGGUCGCCACAACAGCGGCACAUACAACAAUCAAUGGAUGAUUGUCGAUUACAAGCUCUUCAAACCGGGCAAACCUCUUCGUGACGGUCUCUUCUGGGUUCUUGAACAGUUACCGACGCUAAUCGAAUCUCGCGAUAUGACCGACGUUUUGAGAGCCCAAGCUUUCUGGCCAUCCUACAACAGCCCGUACUUUCCGUCGAUCUUCAAUCUGUCUGGUGUACCAGCACUCGUUGAACAAUACGGUGAUUGGUUCUCUUACGACAAAACUCCUCGUGCUUUAAUUUUCAAACGUGACGAAUCCAAAGUCACCGAUAUGGAUUCAAUGAUAAGGAUGAUGAGAUACAACGAUUACCGCAAUGACCCGCUUUCUCGCUGCGACAAAUGCGAUCCGAAAUAUUCUGGAGAAAACGCCAUCUCGGCUCGUAACGAUCUGAAUCCUGCUAACGGCACUUAUCCUUUCCAUGCGUUGAGCCACCGUUCUCACGGUGCUACUGACUGCAAGGUUACCUCACAUCAACUCAUGUCUUCAUUGGACUUUAUUGCGGUUGGCGGACCGACCUACGACUCUCUACCGGCGUUUAGAUGGAGCGAAUCUGAUUUUACUAACUUGUCCCACGUUGGCCAUCCUGAUCUUUGGAAAUUUCAACCAGUUCAGACCAAGUGGACUCUCUAAAACAUUGUAUCUCGAACUUCAAAUGUAAACCACGAUGUCU